AUGGAGCACACCUCGUGCACAGAGGACCGUAUCCACCACGCCCUGGACAGGUGCCUUUAUGGCCUGGGCCACAGCUCUCCCAACACACAGCCCUGGAACGCUGGCCUGUGCAUAAACCGCUGGAGUUUAGAGGAACUAGUGAAGCGAGAUCCACAAAACUUCAUCAUCCUGCUGCAGCAGAUUCUGAGGAAAACUAGGGAGGUUCUAGAGCAGUCCCAGGAUGAGCUGGUGGUCCCACUGGCUCUCCUGUUCUCUUCUACUCUUCUGCAGACCCCUCACUUCUCCCCUGACUCUGGGGUGCUGCAGGAGGCCUGUGAGGUGUUCCACUGUUUCCUGUCCUGGCCGGAGCCCUGCUGCAGCGCCAGCCGACACCUGCUCUCCCUCAUCCAGCAGGAGCUCAGGGCACCAGGUAUCUCAUUUCAAAGACUAGUGAGAGAAGAACAGGGCUUGACCACCACCACCAAUCACUCCAAAACUAUGACGGUAUUGUUAAUGAGCCCAGGUGAGGAUGUCCCUCCCGAGCUCCUGUCUGUCUCUGAGCAGCUGAGUGGUGUCUGUCACUCCCAGAGGGACACCUCCAUCACCCUGAUCAAACAUGCCUUCCAGGCUGCCCUGGGGACCAAGUACCCCCUCCAGAUACUGCAUCAUGCACUGCAGUCAAAAGGGGCAGAGGAUCUGGAGCAGCUUGUGACUGCAGUAACAGAGGCCCUGGAGACAGCAGCCUUUACACGGGACCCAGACACAGCCAGAGAGAGUCUAUUGCAGAGCCUGAAGGGGCUGGUGGAGAGCAUUGGCAUACCCCCUCCAGACUGCCAUACAGGCCCUGACAUUUUAAAUGACCUUCUUCAGAGUGAGCUGGACCAGCUCCCAGCCUUUAACCUUCCCAGAGACAAGGGAGAGGAGGAUGAUGAAGAUGAGGAAACAGAGGAGGAGACAAUAAAGAACCGAUACACAGACCACCGGAUCUCCACUGUGUCCACCUGCUCCAAAGACUCUAUGUUCUCCAGCUACUCCCUGUCCUCCAGCUUGUCUGUGCCCUCCACCCUGUCUGAGUCUUCUGGAGUGGACAGUGACUUCAGCGAGGACUUGGAGACAGAUGACGGCCAACCAGAGACCAGGAGGAGACCUAAGUCAAAAGUCCACCUCAGCCAGCGUUUCUCCAUGCUCUUCAAGUCCCAACGCAGCUCCUCCCUCUGCCGACGAGCACAGAGCAUGGGCUCCCGUGGUGAUGUCAUUAGAGACGGCCCAUCUGGGGCGCUGUUCAAGCGCUCCAAGUCCUUGCCUAGACAGGUCCGCCUGCCCCGCCUGCCCCGCAGUUCAGGGGUGCCUGCCCCCACCUCAGAUGAACCGUUUCCCCAGAGUCACCACGUGUGUGUCCAGAAGAGGCCCAUUUUGAGUUGUGAGGAGGGGGAGGGGGUGGAGAUGUCCACCCUGGUCAGGGUGGUAGUGUUUGGGGGGGACCGGGAGGCAGGGAGGCUGGCCAGGGCCUACACUGACCUACAGCAGAGGGAGAGCAGAUGUCCUCGCCUCACCACGGCCUACAGGCUGCAGUUCUACUUUGUCCCUGUGAAGAGGGGGAACCUGGGAGGUCCAGGAGGAGUGUCCAUAGUGCCUGAGGGGCACCUAGGGAGUCUACUGAAAUGCCCAACAUCUACGAAGUCAAAUGCAGUUAUACUUCAGGACAGCACCACUGACAUCGCCCAGUUGAUAGGCAUGACUGACCCCUGGUACAAACAGAGCGUGCUCAGUCUCCUCAGCCUGUCCUCUGAUGUCCUGUGCCAGACAACUUCUAAAGUGGAUUGUGACUCAGAUAACAGCUCCUCUGAGCGCCUUCUCCUCCUGGCAGACCUGGUGCUGUAUUACUGUCGAAAUGCAGCACAGCCUGUUCUGCUACAACUCUACCAGGCUGAGCUGACCCUGGCUGGGGGAGAGAAGAGAAGAGAGGUGUUUAUCCAUUCCUUGGAGCUUGGACACACAGCAGGGACACGAGCCGUCAAGGCCAUGGGUGCAGCUAGCAAAAGGUUUGGGAUUGAUGGAGAUCGUGAGGCCCUGCCAUUAGCACUAUAUAUUGUUUAUAACAAGGUUUGUGUAAGUGGGAGGAGUCAAAGGACAGAAACAGACAUGGUUUGCACCUCAAUAAACUUGAGGAAAGCCUGCAAGGGACCUCAGCAGCUAGAUUCUAAAAUGGAGAGUCUUCACUUGACAAUGACAGAGGUGUUGAAGAUACAGAGCUCCAAAUCCAAGAAAAACUACAAUCAGAUCUCCAGGUCAGAGGUGAAGGUGGACAAGGUCCAGGUGAGUGGUGGCAGUGGGACCACCUUCCCUGUGUGUCUGGACCAGGAUGAGAAGAAGAUCAUCCAAAGUGUCAUCAGGUGUGAGGUGUCGUUGUGCUGUAAACCAGGCAGCGGUUCUGACUGGAGGUCUCACAGGAGCCGGCCUGGUCAGGUCCAGCCACUGCACCCCUCCUUCUGCUCCCUGCUCUGCCUGCCCAUCACCUCCUUCUGUGGCUCUCAACCGUCAUAAAACACUGGACUAGGCUACAACGUCCCUCUCCUAAACCACUCAGACAUGAACACCCACAUGAUGUUCUGAUAAUAAUGUAUUCCAUUUAGCAUUAAGCUUUUAUCCAAAGCAACAUACAGUCAUGUGUACAUACACUUUAUGUAUGUUCCCCAGAAUCAAACCCACAACCCUGGUGUUACAAGUGCCAUGCUCUACCAACUGAGAUACAGAGGAAGUUGUAUUGUUUUUGCACAUCUGGUGUUCUGUGUACUGUAAUAGUCAACUCAGUCAAAAAUAUUUUGGCUGCAUUAUCUUUUCUCCUGUUUAAUUUUUUGACAACCUUGAGUGGAUGCCUUGUGAUGCAUUGUACUGGUGUGAGGAUGUCUAGACUAGACAAAGGGGAUUUUACUGUUGUGGUGCUGUGAGAAAAUGUGUUUCACUCAGGAUGUUGUACAGUCCCCAUGGGCUUCCAUGGGCAUAUUUAGCAGUGCUCUGUACAUUUUCUGUCAUUCUUAUCAUGUUUGAAGAUUCAUUCAUUGAAAUGUUCUCUAUGCUAUA